GGUGAGCAGGAAGAGCAGCUUGUUCUAAAGCAAGAAUUUGAAGAUACAAGACAGAAACCUUUUCCAUGUUUGACAUGUAGAGAAAACUUUCUUAAAAAAGAACAUUUAAUGGUUAACAUGAGAACUCACACAGACCGCCUGCAGAAUUCUGUUGGAAAAGAGGAAGUUUCCUCUGACCAGCAGCUCUGUGGACAGGAGAGGAAUUCCAGUUUGGGACAAGAGGAACCAGAAGCUCUGCAGAUAAAAGAAGAGCAGCAAUCGCCAGAACAUCCCUGGACAAAAGAGGAAACCACAGAAGUCCCCAUUAGUGAGCAUGAAGAGCAGCUUGUUCUGAAACAGGAGACUGAAGAGAAACCUUUCCCAUGUUCGACAUGUGGAGAAAACUUUCUGAAAAAAGAACAUUUAAUGGUUCACAUGAGAACUCACACAGGUCAGGAGAUUUAUAAAUGUCGGUCCUGUGGAAACAUUUUCACAAAGAAAUCUAAACUUGAUAGGCACAUGAGAAUUCACACAGGGGAGAAACCCUUUUCCUGUACGAUUUGUAAUAAGAAUUUUACUCAAAAGAGUAAUUUGACUUCUCACAUGAGAACUCACACAGGUGAGAAACCUUUUGCCUGUAAGAUUUGUAAGAAGAAUUUUACUCAAAAGAGUAAUUUGACUUUUCACAUGAGAACUCACACAGGUGAGAAGAUUUAUGAAUGUCUGUUCUGUGGAAAAAUGUUCACAAUGAAAUCUAGUCUUGAUAGACACAUCAGACUUCACACAGGUGAGAAGCCUUUUUCUUGUACUGUUUGUAAAAACAAUUUUACUGACAAGAGUAGUUUGACUUCUCACAUGAGAAUUCACAAAGAUGAGAAGCCUUUUAAAUGUCUGUUCUGUGGAAAAAGCUUCACUAAGAAAUCUCAUCUUGAUUCACACAUCAGAGUUCAUACAGGUGAGAAGCCCUUUUCUUGUACCAUUUGUAACAGGAGUUUUACUGUAAAAAGUAAUUUAACAAAACACAUGAGAACUCACACAGGUGAGAAGCUGUUCUCCUAAAGGAUUUGUAACAAAGGUUUUAAACAAGAAGGUAAUUAAGUGUUCAGAUUACAUUUAUUCAUACAUGAUGUGGAAUGAUUUAUAU